UAACAAAAAUUUGGGCAAGUACCGGCAACUAUUGGUCGCACUGUUCAUCUGGACAAAUCUCUCUUUUCUCCUGGUUUGCGCCAACAGGCUAGGCCCGAAAUUGAACCCGGAGCUAAAUCCUCUCCCCCUUACCUCUCUUUCUGCAACUCUCUGACACUCCCUUCUCUCAACUGAGACCUCUCAAUUCCGUUCGAAACGUUUCUCUUUGUUUCUUCUCUACACAGAAAGGAACCGUUUUUAGGGUUUAUUGUAACUCCUCUCAUAUCCAACGGACAAGUCCUUCCCUCUCCGUUACCGUCUAAUUCCCUUGAUUUGCUCAAACGCUGUCGUUUCAAACUUUCAAUCGGUCUCUUUCUCCUGCACUGGUUUUCGUAUUCUGGCUCAUUUCCUUCACCAAUUCGCUGUCCAAUUCGUUCUACUCCUGUCUUCAUUUGCUCUAAUUCCACCAAACGCCGCCGUUUCUUCCAAUUCAAGCUUUUAGCUCAAACUUUUAACGAGUUUUAGGGUUUAAAGCUCAGAACUUUGGCUAGCGUGCCUGAAUACAAGCAGGGCGCCUGAGAUUUUGAGUUUGAGUUCUUUUGGAGUAUUUUUCGUGAGUGAAGUGGUUUAGGGUUUUUUCUAAAAUUUUUGUGUUGGGGGGAGGGUGUAAGAGAGGCAUUGGUUUGAGGUGGGAUGAAUAGUGUUUUCAGUGAGCAGAUUCUUGCAGAUAAGCUCUCCAAGCUCAACAGCACCCAGCAGUGCAUUGAAACUUUGUCACAUUGGUGUAUAUUUCACCGGAGCAAAGCAGAACUGGUUGUUGCAACAUGGGAUAAACAGUUCCACAGUUCUCAGAUGGUUCAGAAAGUUCCCCUUUUGUACCUUGCAAACGACAUUCUACAGAAUAGCAAGCGCAAAGGAAAUGAAUUUGUUGCCGAGUUUUGGAAGGUUCUCCCUGCUGCGCUCAAAGAUGUUAUUGAGAAAGGAGAUGAUCAUGGAAAAAAUGUGGUCUCUAGAUUGGUUGCUAUAUGGGAAGAAAGAAGAGUAUUUGGGUCCCGUGCACGGAGCCUUAAAGAUGUAAUGCUUGGAGAAGAAGUGCCUCAACCAUUGGAGUUAAGCAAAAAGCGUUCACGAUCAGUCAGAAUUGUAAAAAGGGAUUCACGCUCUAUUAGGACGAAAUUGUCUAUCGGAGGUACAGCGGAAAAGAUAGUGUCGGCGUUUCACUUGGUACUGAGCGAACAUCCCAAUGAAGAUGCAGAAAUGAGUAAAUGCAAGUCUGCAGUUUACCGGGUGAGGAAGAUGGAGAAAGAUGUCGAUAUUGCCUGUGCUAAUGCAAAUGAUCCAAAGCGAAAAACUCUGUCCAAAGAACUGGAGGAGGAGGAAAAUAUUUUGAAACAGUGUAUUGAAAAACUUAAUUCUGUUGAAGCAAGUAGAGUAGCGCUUGUAUCUCAGUUAAAAGAAGCCCUGAAUGAACAGGAAUCUGAACUGGAGAAUGUCCGAACUCAGAUGCAGGUAGCUCAGGCACAGGCAGAGGAAGCCAGCAACAUGCGGAAGUGGCUUGACGAUGAAGAUUAUGUAUCGAAACCAUCUGCAAGCACUCCACCAAUUGAUACAAAUGCAAAGGGACAGACACCUAGGAAGUCAACUGCAGCCAUUGCAGCAGAGGUUGCAGACAAGCUUGCAGCUUCGAGCUCCUCUCAACUGAUUAUGACUUCUGUUCUCUCUACAUUUGCAGCUCAAGAGGCAAAGAAUGCCGGUCUAGUAAAGGGCUCCACACCAUCAAAUCCACUUGAUUCAAUGGGGAAACCUGAAAAGUCUAUGCCUGUCUCAGAUCCUAAUGCUUUCAUGUCAGCACAGUCAUUUACUGCACCACCAAACCAUUCGUAUCAAUCAGUUUUGGUUCCGCAAUCAACAAUGCAGAACCAAGUCCCAACCUCUCAAGCUCAAUAUCAUAUAAUCCCGAAUCCAUCCUCCCAACAGUAUUUGCAGGCAUCAGGAGGAAUCAUGACCCCAUAUGGUUAUAAUAGCAUGGGACCCCUACCGCCAGGACCGCCACCUCCACCACCCCAUAUGGUCAGCCCUAUGGGGCCUUUGACUUUGCAAGUAACUCAGCAGCAAACAAUACCCUUAACACAGCAACCCCCAGCACCUCCUAGUUUCCGGCCACUUCAGCCGCCCGGAAUGUUAUUCUAUGGUAAUCCUCACCAUUCUCAGUGAAAAAGUCAAUUGAGCUAGGUAGACAGGUAAUCAUGUGACUCUUGGUUUCACUCGCAUUUUUUGGGAGAAUUUGGAAAUUUUGUUUGCUCAAA